UGAGACAAUGAACUGAGGAAUGAACCCAGGAGUCUUGGCUCCCAGCCCCCGUCUCCCCUUGCUCUAAGCACUAGACCCCACUCCCCUCCCAGCAAGGCCAGAGGAAUGCACAUACACAGCCCCAUCCGGCCCUCAUCCCCAGCCUCUCACUGCAGCCAUCUCAGAAGCGUAGGCCACAAAACUUUCCACCGGCCCCCCCAAAGGUGACAUUUCCGGAGGAUGCUGAGGCUGAGCUGAGCUGGGCUGCGGCGCUGGCCAGAGAGCGGGGACCAUGGAGCAGCUGCCAGCCCUGAGCAUCGGCCUCUGCAUUGUCCUCCUCAUCCCCAGCUGGGGAGCAGGUCUCACAGUCCUUCAGAGCCCUGCUGCCCUCCGAGCGUCCCCCGGCGAGACCGCGGCACUUAACUGCUCCUUCGAGAACACACAGGGCAGCCUGGCCAAAGCGACCUGGACCAGAGCACCCGGAGUCGUGCUGGAUUCUGCCCAUCCCUUCUACAGGGGGCGGCUCCGUAUGUCCCACCUGGAUCUGCUCCAGAAAGGGGAGGCCACACUGACCCUGUCGGAGCUGGAGCAGCGGGACUCUGGUCUCUACCAGUGUCACAUCAGCAUCUGCAAGGGAGAGAGCGGGAGGGGAGCAGGCACCGAGCUGCUGGUGACGGGGAGAAACCAGAGUGACACAGAUAAAGUACCAGCCCCCUCGGGGAGCUGCGCCCGGGAGCUCCUGUACCAGGUCACCAUCGCCCUGGGGCUCCUUCUCAUCCUUGGCCUGGUGGCCACCCUCCUCCUGAAGAGACACCGAGCACCGCCCCACUCGCAGCCCUGCCGGCGGCAGCCGAAGGGCCAGGGCAGCCAGGCGGCCGCGGACAGCGAGAACCUCCACUACGCAGAGAUUAAAAUCCAGACCCCAGGAUGCAGGGACCACACGUCCAACCACUCCCAGCGGCGCUGAGUCCCUCACACCAGAGCCACGCAGCCACCGGGGAAUUCCCCACAGGAAGAGACCCUCACAGGGUUUGAGGGACAGCAGAAGUAAAUGAUGGGCGUGAAGGUCCCUGUGAAUCCCAACAAAACCCAACUUGCCCUCUGUACGGCAGGGCAUAAUCUACUAGGGCAUGGUCUUACCCUCAGGAAAUGCCUUCUCUGGGGCCUCCUGAAGUAUUGUAUAUAUCACGUCCCUGGGCGUUAUUUCCCUGGCCUCUCUGGAGUGAUUGCAACGCCUCCCUAUGGAACAUGAUCAGUGGGGGUCAUAAACACAGCAUCUGGUCCCUCUUCCUAACUGAGCUCGAAGGGAAACACUAGCCCACCUCAGCAUCGUGUGGGCGGUGGAAUCUGUCUGAAUGACCAGCGUGACAGCUCCAGGAGGCUGGAAUUGCUCAA